ACGCUUUGUUUUUCAUGUUUAUAUUUGCUACUUGCGUAGGAUCAUACACACAUAUUAGGGGACCCUAGUGUAUUCUGAGUAUAAUCAAUCCAAAAAUGCGGAAAAAUAGAGCCCUUCAUUUAAACCUAAUGGGCUCCUACAAUUUAAUCGGUAGAUCCACCUAGCGUCUUCUCUCAGAAGAAUACUAUCGAUAUCUGCCUUACGGGGGCGCAAUUUCAUUUGUCUUAUACCCCAGACUGUGAGUGCGUCACAAUUGUUGCCAUGUUGGGCUUUAAUAUGUCUGGCUAAGGGAUUGUCAGCUUGAGUUCUUAUGGAGCUGAUAUUUUUACUGACACGUCGAGGCAGUUUCUGAGUUGUUGUGAUUUCUAUUACCCUGGAGUUUUUGUUGUUAUAUUGUGCUCUGUGAGCUCUCUGAAUCCCGGGCUCCCACAGGGCCACUCUCACAUUACUGUAGACGCCCACAUGUAUUUCUCAUAGUUCAGUCUCUUAUCUGUCAUAGGACAUUACACCCUGAACAGAGGAGAGGACGGCAGCUCCAAUGGCUGAGAGCACAGAUCUAGUGGAAAUUAGAGGGUUAAAAUCAUCUUUGGGAUAUUUCAAGGCAAAUGAACUCUUAUCAAUAAAUCAGAUAUAUCCCAGGUCGGAGAACAGACGGUUAAAUUAUGCAGGACAGAAAAUGAAGUUCAGCAUAGAGGGAGUCAGAUCUGAUUUAUUCCUCCGUCUUCCAGUAGAGUUCCCUGUCACUCGUCUCCGGCACACCACCACCUGGACGGCAACAGAGGACAUUCUAGCCUCACAAUCCUUCAUAGGAAGACAACAUGAUAGAGAAGAAUUUAUGGACCUUUCCUUCUGGGGUGCGGAUAUUCCUUCCAGUGACAUAGAGAAGGCUCGAGAAGACGUUUACACUUAUGUCCAUGGAAAUGUUCCUCCAGAGGAGGCAGAAGAAUACAGGGGAGAAAUAACACGACAAUUCGCCAACUCUCCAGCGUUUGAUAAAGAAGCUUCUCGCUACGGGAACUUUACCUUCUCCCUCCCGUUCUCUGACCUCCUGUCUCUGUAUAAAUCCCAAUUCUGUAAUAAAGAGGAGCCACAGCUCAGUAUAUUGGGCACUGAUCUCUACAAGCAGGAGAUUGUUCACUAUGUGGUCGUCCAUUGUCCUGAUGAAGCUCGUUUUAUGGACCUCCCAAGGGUUCGUAUUCUCCAGACCAGAGAAGAAGAAGAACCUCUUCCCUGUGUCUACUGGAUGGGGGAAACUCUGUACUGGAGACCUGAAUCCACUUCAGCUGAUCUGAAAGUGUUAUGUAAAGAAGGUCACAUCAUAGCAGGUCACUGCGAACCACAUUGUGGCUGGUUUACCGACCGGGGGCACUGUUGCCAUGGAGUUGCAUGUGUGUGGAACCAUCUGGUCUUUGCUUUCCAUAUCCCCGAUGGUCGUGAGUUAGAGAUUCCUGGGCAGAAGCUCAUUGAUAACCUGUCCGCCUGUAAUGCUCUGAAGCCAUUUAUGAAAGAUGAAAAACUGGAAAAACCUGAAGCAGAAAAUAUUAUCAGAGACAUGAAGAAGCGAUACGGAGGAGCAGAUGACUGAUCAUAUAUUACUCAAUAACGUAAUGUUUUUGUCUAUUUUAGUAUAAAAUGGUUAGUUAUUGGUAGACUUAAAAUAGACAACAUAUAUAUAAUAUAUACAAAUAAAAUAUCUAUAGUGAUGAGCGGCAGGGGCCAUAUUCGAAUUUGCAAUAUUUUGUGAAUAUAUGGAUGAAUAUUCGUCCUAUGUUCACGAAAUUCGCAUAUUCGCUAUAUUCGUUCUUAUUUUUUUUCAUGCGAAAAUUCGUAAUGAAAUUCGCAUUGUGCGCACGCGCAAUUAUAUCUCACCUAAAUGAAGGGAGGGAUCAGUGUCCAGUCUGGAAGUGCCGAUAGUUGCAUAAAAAUUAGCGUAAAAAAAAUAUUUGUCAUUACGAAUAUAUAUCACUAUAUUCUAAAUAUUCGCGAAAUCGCGAAGUGCAGAUAUUUGUGGUAAAAAUUAGCAUUUCGAAUAUUCACACUCAACACUAAAUAUAGACAUAGAAUAUAUAUAAUAAUAGACAAGAUAAUGUAUACAUAUAUAAUAUCUAUUAUAGUAACCACUAGGUGAAGUGCUGUAUACAGUUAUACUUAUUUCCUCACUUCACUUUAGUCUCAGCUUUAUUUUAUUUCUAUUCUCCUGGUUUUGUGUUGUUUUUAUAAUCCUGUGAAAAUCAUGAAAAUAAUCAAUAGUUGUGUUUCCCAACCAUGGGCUCCAUCUAUUCAAUGUGUACCAACUGAAGGCACCCAAUGGUUACUAGGGUGAAGAUAAGGGUGGGCAGGUGUGAUUGUGGGUUGGUGAGAAAGAUCUAAUUACACAUUGUAUUUGCCUGAUUUUGUGCUAUACUUUACCUAACUGUGUGUUGUGUUAUGCACGUUUGUUUUCCUUUAAGCAAUAAAAAGUUAG